UACUCUGGAGAAGGAAAAUAAAGUUAGUGAUGGGGUAGGGUAAAGAUUCUUUGUGUGGGACUGUAACCCUGGAGAGUGGAGAAGGAUCUGAAGGAAGGAAUCCUCUGAUCUAUCUCAAUUCUGAUCUUCAAACCGCGUGGGACUGUAGUAACUCUGGGAGAGUGAACAAGGAAUCCUUUGAUCCAUCUCAAUUCAGGGCUCCAAACCUCUUCGGAUCGAAGAUCUUAGAUUUUGCUUCAGAUUGAUGGCUACCCAUACCGUAAUCUCGUCCUUUUCCUCCUCUCGAUCGAAUUACGAUGUAUUUUUGAGUUUCGAAGGAGAAGAAACAGAGAAAAUUUUCGCAAGUAACCUCUACGCUUUCCUAGAGAGAGCCGAGAUCAAGACAUUCAAGGACGAUGAGCACAUGAAUCGAAGAGGAGAGCAUCUUUCUGAGACGGUUAAGAAGGGAAUCAAGGAAUCAAGAAUCGCCAUUGUUAUAUUCUCAAGGAACUAUGCUUCUAAAAUAUCGUGUCUUGAAGAGCUCGAGUUGAUAAUGGAAUGUAAGGAAAAUCUUGGGCAAAAGGUAUUUCCUGUUUUCCUCAUGGGUGUAGAUGGAUCGACCGUACGGGAUCAGAAGGGGAGCUUUGAGGAGCCCUUUCGCCUGUACCAAGAGUGCUUCGAGGGAGAGAUGGUGGAAAGGUGGAGAUCAGCUCUGAGGAAAGCAGGUGGAAUCCGUGGAUGGAACUUGAUAGACGUUCCUGUUCCUGACGGGGAUGAAGAGAAGUUGAUAGAAAUGAUGGUGGAACAAGUAUUGAGUGCGUUGGGGCAGAGACCAGUGGAACAUCAUCAUCAUGCAAAGAAGACGACGAAGAAGACAACGAAGAAACCUCUGUCAUGGUGACAUAGCCUGUUGAAAUGGGUUCUGCCUGUGGUUUCAGAAAUCAAGGACCUGCAAAGUCUCGAACAAACAAACUAUCUAUUUUCUACAAUAUUAGUGAGAAUAAUUUUUGUAGUAAUGAGAAAUAUGAGCUUAUGAAUAGAGAGAUUAUUUGUAAAUUGUAACAGUGCUUUUAUUGAUCACCUUGUAAUCUAUACAAAAUUAGUUGGAUAGUUAAAUGAAUAAUUGGAUCGUAGAGUUCAUUUUGUUAA